AUGCUGCAAUCACAACUUACAGUUGCUCUUAUCUAUUCUUUAACAGAGCCUCCUGGAGCAGAUAGCGAAGUGAACAUCUACAUUCGUUUGCCAGCUUCAGAACUAGGUGAGAAGAAGAAGAAAAGGCCCGCAAAGAUAAUAUUCAUAUUGACUGCUGUCAGAGUGCUUAUCUCUGGUUUAAUCUGCUGGGGCAUGCUUCUAAAGAGAAGGCUAACAAGUAAAGGAGAAGAAAGGAAAAAUGAAGGCCUAGAAUUACCUUCUUUUUGUCUGGCAACUGUAGCUGCUGCCACGGAUAAUUUCUCCAGUGAAAACAUGAUAGGUGAAGGUGGUUUUGGUCCUGUUUACAGGGGUUGGUUAUCAGAUGGACAAGGAGUAGCAGUAAAAAGACUGUCCAAAACAUCCAGACAAGGAGAUGAAAGAAUGUUAAUCUAUGAGUACAUGCAGAACAAAAGCUUGGAUAAUUUUAUUUUUGAUCAAGAUAAAAGGACAAUAUUGUCAUGGCCCAAGCGUUUUGACAUUAUCAUGGGGAUUGCUAGGGGAUUUCUCUAUCUUCACCAUGACUCCAGAAUUGUCGGAGGGGGUCACGACAUAACAAGAACAAAAAGAGUUAUUGGGACAUAUGGCUAUAUGGCUCCCGAGUAUGCCUUUGAUGGGAAGUUCUCAGUAAAAUCAGAUGUCUUCAGCAUGGGCGUUGUUUUGUUAGAGAUAGUGAGUGGAAAAAAGAACAGAAGUUUCAAAUACAUGGAUCACUCUGAUAGCCUUCUGGGACACAUAUGGCUCCUUUGGAAAGAAGACAAGGCUUUGGAACUAAUGGAUGAAUGUUUGAAAGAUUCAUAUGUUGAAUCUCAAGUGAAGAGAUGCAUACACGUGGGCUUAUUAUGCGUUCAGAAACACACAGAAGACAGGCCAUUUAUGUCCUCUGUGCUUUUUAUGUUAGGAAGUGAUCAGGAGGGAUCAAAUUUGCCUGAUCCCAAAGAACCUGGAUUUUUCAUGGGAGGGAAUUACAAUAAUGAAGAAACUUGUAAACCAGAGUCAAAUUCAAAUACAGUGAGUAUGACUGAUAUAGAAGCCAGAUAG